CAUUUAUUUUUUUUUUCACAGUGUCUUUCAUCUCCUGGCAUUGGACUUUGAGCCAUUAGAAUCAUGAGCAACUACAGUGUGUCCUUGGUUGGCCCAGCUCCUUGGGGUUUCCGGCUGCAAGGUGGCAAGGAUUUCAACAUGCCUCUGACAAUCUCUAGUCUCAAAGAUGGUGGCAAGGCGUCCCAGGCGAAUGUAAGAAUAGGUGAUGUGGUUCUCAGCAUUGAUGGAAUAAGUGCAAAUGGAAUGACUCAUCUUGAAGCCCAGAACAAGAUUAAGGGUUGUACAGGCUCUUUGAAUAUGACUCUGCAAAGAGCAUCUGCUAUAUCCAAGCCUGAGCCAAUUUCUGUUCAAAAGCCCACAGUCACCAGCGUGUGUUCCGAGACUGCUCAGGAGCUAGCAGAGGGACAGAGAAGAGGAUCCCAGGGUGACAGUAAACAGCAAAAUGGGAAAAUCCCACCUAAACGCCCACCAAGAAAGCACAUCGUGGAGCGCAAUACAGAGUUUUAUCACAUCCCCACUCACAGUGACGCGAGCAAGAAGAGACUGAUGGAGGACACCGAAGACUGGCGCCCCCGCACUGGGACAACUCAGUCUCGCUCUUUCCGCAUCCUUGCCCAGAUCACUGGGACUGAACAUCUGAAAGAAUCUGAAUCCGAAAGUGCAAAGAAGGCAAAGUUUGACAGUUCUCUGGAAGACCUACCUAAGAGUGGACCUCACCCACCUGCAACUCCUCAGGUGUUAACUAUUGGUAGCCAAGUAGCCACACUUGCUAAAGUAGCAACUACUUAUUCUAGUUUUAGCAGCUCCACAAAAAAUGUAGAAGUUUCUUUGGAAGGUUCUCGAAACUUUUCUGCCUUCUCUCCUCCUGCUAGAUAUAGUGCUGCAGUGCUGAGUAGCGCAGCUGCUACUGUGUCCACUGUCAUUGCUGCAAAAACCAGGCUCUCCAGUCCUGAAAGAUAUCACCCACUCCUGAAUGCGCUUUGCAUCAGCCCUGUCUCCAAGCCUUUAGCUUUUCCCUGUCUUCUGUCCUCCGGGAAAUCAACUGGCUCUAUCCCUGUUGAGAAAACAAGUAGCCCUCAGGAGGCUUCUCCGCAAGUGGCUUCUUCCUCGGUGGCUUCGGCGCGGAGCAUGCCGGAGAGCGUGGAAGGGCCAGCCUCGGGCAGAGCGGGGGUGGCCGGCCUCACCACCGCGGCUGCCUUCAAGCCACUAGGAUCCACCAGCGUUAUCAAGUCCCCAACCUGGCAGCGGCCAAACCAAGCAGCACCUUCCACUGGAAGAAUCUCGAACAGUGCUACUUCCUCAGGAGCAGUGGCACCAGCCAACUCAGCUCUGGGGCAAUCCCAGCCAAGCGACCAGGACACUUUAGUGCAAAGGGCCGAGCACAUCCCAGCAGGGAAACGAACUCCCAUGUGUGCCCAUUGUAAUCAGGUCAUCAGGGGACCGUUCUUGGUGGCACUGGGGAAAUCUUGGCACCCAGAAGAAUUUAACUGUGCUCACUGCAAAAAUACAAUGGCCUACAUUGGAUUUGUAGAAGAGAAGGGGGCCCUGUACUGCGAGCUGUGCUAUGAGAAAUUCUUUGCUCCUGAAUGUGGUCGAUGCCAAAGGAAGAUCCUUGGAGAAGUCAUCAAUGCACUGAAACAAACUUGGCAUGUUUCCUGUUUUGUGUGUGUGGCCUGUGGAAAACCCAUUCGUAAUAACGUUUUUCACUUGGAGGAUGGUGAACCCUACUGCGAGACUGAUUAUUAUGCCCUCUUUGGUACCAUAUGCCGUGGAUGUGAAUUUCCUAUAGAAGCUGGAGACAUGUUUCUGGAAGCUCUGGGCUACACCUGGCAUGACACUUGCUUUGUAUGUUCAGUGUGUUGUGAGAGUUUGGAAGGUCAGACCUUUUUCUCCAAGAAGGACAAGCCACUUUGUAAGAAACAUGCACAUUCUGUGAAUUUUUGAAAGUCAGCACUUCAGAAGAGAAGAAAUUUGAAGAGAAGAAGGAGAAUCAAAAUUACCAAUUAAUUUUUAGAUUUCAUAUUUAUAUGGAGUUUUGAAAAAUAAUAGUGGCCCUGAAGGAAUAAAUUCCAGCUUUAAAAACCAAGUUCUAUGAGGAAAUAUUUGGCUUCAUAAAGUAAAGAGACAGUUUGGCAUUUAUUAUUACUUUUUCCUGUAUUUUAUGCCCAUAAAAUAACUUUUAUAAAAA